UCUCUCUUCGUUCCUCUUCGCUGCCUCGUCCCUGUAGGGGGCGCGCCAGGAGGGGCGCCUCUCCUUCUGCCUUUUCAGUCCUUCCCGUUGUGUCUUCUCUCACCCCCUGCUGUGAUCGCCUCCACCUCUGACUCUCACUACUCACCUUGCUUCUGGCUCUUCUUCCUCUUGUCGAGGCUCGAGGCUUUGUCCGUUGCAGACCUUCCACCAUGAAGGUGACGGAGGAGGCCCUGAGACGUUUCCGGGUGGCCAGGAUAUUUAAGAAGAACUCGGAGAAGAUCAACUGCCUGGACUUUAGCCCUGACGGCAAGGCGAUCGUCUCCAGCAGUGACGACGACUCCAUUGUCACGUAUGACUGUGUAGAGGGCCUACACAAGGGCACGGUGCCCAGCAAGAAGUACGGAGUGGAUCUGGUGAGAUACGCUCAAGCCCCCGACACUGUGGUGUGCAGCUCCAACAAGGUAGAUGACGCUCUCCGUUACCUGUCCUUGCCAUACAAUAAAUACAUCCAGUACUUUCCGGGGCAUGACAAGAGGGUAGUAGCCUUGUCUAAGUCACCAGUUGAUGAAACAUUUCUUUCUGCAUCUUUGGAUGAAACCAUCCGACUCUGGGAUCUGCGAGUCCCUAAUUGCCAGGGUCUACUGUAUCUGCGCGGAAUGCCAUUGUGUGCUUUUCACCCAGAAGGAGUCGUCUUGGCUGCUGCAGUAAAUUCUGAACUUGUGAAACUUUACGAUAUUCGAGCUUUUCGAAAGGGGCCGUUUUCCAACUUCCGGAUGCAGCAGGAGGAGACCUGUGAGUGGACAGAGCUAAAAUACAGCAACGACGGCAAACGCAUUCUCAUUGCUACCAAUGGCAGCUAUAUCCACCUGAUUGAUUCUUUUACCGGAGUACCAAUGCAUUCCUUCAAGGGAUUUAACAACAGCAACAAUAUUGCCUGUUUCACUCCAGAUUCUGAAUUUGUCAUGGCUGGCUCCGACGAUGGCAAGAUUCACGUCUGGAACGGUGGAAAGGGAAUAAAAGUGGCUGUGUUAAAUGGGAAACAUACCGGCCCCAUAACCUGUUUGCAAUUCAACCCCAAGUUCAUGACCUUUGCCAGUACCUGUUCCGACAUGGUGUUCUGGCUGCCCACCACCGAAGAAUCUAAGGACUGUUGGAGACCCGGGGUGCCUGCAAGUUAAAAGGCAGCAAUGAAAGAGAAAGGCAACUGAGUGUAUUGGGAAUUGUGUUCUGGCCAAAAACAUCCUUCCACUAAGCCCUUUCAAUGGACAUCUGUAUACAUCUUUCUUUUUUUUUUAAAUUUCUUUGCUGCAUUCCUUCCAAAGAACUAUUGGUGCUGCAGACCUCAAAUAAGACCUAUUUUUUCCUUCUGUGAAGUCAUCAAGCUUUCCCUUUUCGGGGUGAACUGUUUUACAUGCAUCAGUAUGUUAAUCUCUUCUUUUGAAAUUGCUGCUGGAUUAACUCAUAAGAACUUUAUACAUCCUCCCUUUCACCUCCAUAAUUGCAUCCAAGUCUAUGGUUCUGUUGUUCACUUGCUAGUGCAUGUCACUAUUAAAUGUCUCCAGUAUUGUGG